AUGCCGAAUCCCAUCCGAGCUAUAGUUAAGCCUGAUAAUUCGCCCUUUUGUGAUGAAAUACUUUCUGAAAGAAUGGAGAAAAAAAAAAUGCCCACUUGCAAGCAUUCUGGAAAGACAGACCCAGUUAACCACCUCUCAGCCUUUGGCGGGCACAUGAUGCUGUACACCAACACAGAUUAUGUGUGGUGCAAAGUAUUCCCCUCUACACUCGAAGGGAUAGCUCAGAGCUGGUUUGAAAAAAUACCUAGGGGUACUAUAACCUCUUUUCGGCAAUUGGUCAUCCUGUUACGCACCCAGUAUGUGGCUAACAUUUCCAGAGAAAGGAUGACAGGAGAACUUAUGUCAGUCGUCCUAGGGUCGCAAGAGUCUCUGAGAGAUUACAUCUCCAGGUUUAACAUGGAAGCAUCGAAUAUACCCAAGUUGCAGCAAGAGGUAGCAGUUCUGGCCAUGAUGUCUGGUCUGCGGGAUGGAGAAUUUAAGAGCUAUCUGGGCAGAAAGUCAUUCACAACUUUAGCAGAGGUACUGGGAAAGGCAAAUGAGUUCAUAAAGAGUGAAGAAAUCGGCAGAGCAACCUCACGCAGAUUUGUGGCAAGUGAGAACAAUUAUAGUAGUCAGAAUAAGAGGGAGCCGUAUAAGAAAGAAUACCCAGAUAGGAGGGACAACCUGCAGCCCAAAAAAGACUGGCACGGAACGAACAGAGGCAGAGGCAGUGAAUUCAAAAAUGAAAGGAGAGGUAAAUUCAACGAAUACACUCCCCUAGUUGCAUCUAGAACCCAAAUCUUCGCUAUCAGCCAGGAGGAUGAAAAGUGGCAGAGACCACCCAAAAUGUACAAUAAGUACAGAGACCCAAAGAAGUAUUGUGAUUUCCAUAGGGAUCAUGGCCACCUCUUGCACCCACUUGAAAGACAAUAUUGA